AUGCAGUGUUCGCGCUUGCUUACUACAAUGACUAAAAGUCCAUUGGCGCCUGCACCGCUAUUCUCCCCCCUUGCUGCUCGACUGACCGUGUCUAUCAUUGGUUUGCGCAGCGUGCCUUCGACUCUUGCCGCAGAGAUUACUCCUAUCGCCAUGGAACUGCUAAAUCGCAACGCUCGUCGACCAAAAAAGGCCAACCACGGAAAGCGUCCAUGCUCUCAUCAUCGCCGUCGUCAGAAACGGCUGGCCUCAAGCGAUUGA